AUGAACGUAGACUUUUAUCCUGAAAACAUUGAUGAGAGAUUAGAAUCAGAUCACUUUUUAAUUGCUAUAGUUUUUAUCGUUACAAUCACCUUACCAAUUGAGCUUACUGGAUUACGUUUGAUUGUUUUGAAUUCUCAAAUCUUCAAAAGAUUCAAUCGAUCAAUGCAAAUUCUUUUAAAAUUACAAAUCGUUUCUUCUUAUAUUUCUAUUGGAGAACUCCCAAAUGCCAAGAUCUUUCUCAACAAGAUGGUUUCACGAUCAAACAAAUUCUCGAAUAUUCCUGAAUUCAAAACACUUCAAGAUUUGCUCUUGAAUGUUAAACUAGAAUCUCCUGAUCCAGAUGUUAAAAGCAAUAGCAUACAUGUUACUGCAAUCCCAGCCAUUGUUGAUAGUCUUCUACAUCAAAAUUGUGAAAUCAAAACUGAAGAAGAUAUGAUUGACACAGGGGCUAAUCUAUAUCAAAUCCAAAAUCCUACUCACUCCUCAAAGAAGGAAUAUGAUGUUUCAGAUAAUGAUGAACCAGCACUCAAGACCAGAUCAAAUAGCUUCGCUGAUCAAGAUCAAAGUGCAAUAAUUGAUGAAGAUAUGAGUGACACAAAACCCAAUCUAGAUCACAUCCAACAUCCUAAGAGAUCCGCCAGGAAGCGACAUGCUACUUCCGAUGAUGAAAACAGUCGAAGCCCCAAAAAAUGUCUGAAGUCCAAAAGUAGAUCUGUCAGUUAUGCAGCAAUUCCGGAAACAGUGAUACUAGAUGAUGAACCAUUUCCAAAACCACCACAUUCAAGUACCACAAUUGAUGCCGAUCUUGAAAGUCGUCAAGAUAUGGAAGAAGCGAAAUAUGUGAUAUCCACUAAUCAAACUUGGCCAGAACCCAUCAACAAAAUCGAUUUUGAUUCUCUCAGGAAACCAAAACAUCUUCAUAAACAUAGGUUAACUAUCAUCAAUCAACUUCGAUGGGAGUCUGAAGGUGUCAUUGUUAAGCCUAAGUUAUUCGCAGAUGCGUUUUGGAAAUACAAGAUAGAUGGAAUUACACCACUAGAGAAAUUAGGAAAAGGUGUAAGAGAAGAGAGUAGAAGAACAUUAGAUAAAUACCUUGAAUACUGUGAAAGAUAUUCUAUUAUGGCUUUACCUUUUACAAAAGUCAAAUUAUAUUUAUUUUUUAUAGAAGAUUUUCAUCAUCUUUCUCUAUCAACUACUAGAAAUUAUUCAAGAUAUUUAUUUUAUGCAGUUAAAGUUAUGAGGAUUAUGAUACCUCAUUUGGUUGGUAAAUCGAUUACUAUAGAAGAACUUAAAGCAAGUAAGCUUUGGAUUAGAUGGUUAGGUGAAAGAGAAGAAUAUGACCGAUUGAGAAAAUCUGGGAAUCCUUCUCACUGA